UAGUCAAUUCGGCUACUGGGGUCUAUGGGAGUGUCCGGCGGUCCGGCCUUGUUGAAUUUGUGUUCUGUGGUGUAGUGUGGUGAACUGUGUGUAGGAUCCCCGUACUCUUUGGCACCAUGGAUGUCCGGUAGCUCCGAUGUGUGGAAGUCGUCGUCAGAGAUUUCGUUUGUUAUUCUUUGUCACCUCCGAUAUCACCCACCACCCCAACAAUAAGCGUUGUAUAGUAAUACGCGACCUGCAACAGGCCUCCGCUGGUGCGAGUGAUUACACGGUCGACGGCUGCUGAGCUACCUUGUCAACCCGGAAAGCAGUAGAAACACCAGCCAUGAGUGACACAGAUGAAUUGGCUGUGCAAGAAUUCUACAAGGGAAAAAGUGUGCUCAUCACGGGGGUGACAGGCUUCCUUGGUAAGAUCCUCCUUGAGAAGCUGCUGCGUUCCUGCCCAGGCAUCAAGCAGAUCUUUCUCUUGAUACGGCCAAGAAAAGGAUGCAAGUCAAAAGAACGACUGUCUUCACUGCUCAAAUCUGAGUGUUUUGAGCAUGUGCAUCGUGAACAUGCUGGAGCACUGGAAAAGCUGGUGGCUGUCGAUGGAGACCUAACAGAGCCUGGGCUAGGUCUGCAGCCUGCCGACUAUGAGCUUCUCACACGGGAGGUGUCAGUAGUCUUCCAUUCAGCAGCAACCAUCAAGUUCAACGAAACACUUAGGCAAGCUGUAGAAAUGAAUAUGGAAGGAACUAGGAAAGUGCUCAAGCUUUGUCACGAAAUGAAGAACCUCCAGGCAAUGGUGCAUGUGUCUACUGCAUAUUGCAAUUGUGACUGCAAGAAGCUAGAUGAACGAAUAUAUCCAUCUCACAUACACCCUCAAGAUAUUAUUUCUUGUACAAAAUGGAUGGAAGAGGGCAUGCUGGCUGCAUUGACUCCACAGCUGCUUCGUGCAAAACCCAACACCUAUGUUCUGGCUAAAUUCUUGAGUGAGUCCCUGGUUGCUGAAGAAGGUGGGGACCUACCUGUGGCCAUUGUGCGACCAUCCAUUGUGGCUGCAUCAUGGAAAGAGCCCUUCCCUGGCUGGGUUGAUGCAUUAAAUGGAUCUACAAGUCUGCUGGCAUCUUGUGCAUCUGGUGUGAUGACAACCAUAGUGACCGAUGUCAAAGGCAUUGCUGACAUUGUGCCUGUGGACAUUGUAGCCAACCUGUUGAUUGUGGUUGCCUGCCAAACUGCAGCUAAAAGGGCACGGCAGAGAGAGUUGGAAGCAGCCACGGAGAAGCACUGGGAAACUGUCGAGGCUCAACCACCGGCCGUGUACAACUGCGUCACAGGCUCGCUGAACAAGCUGGUAGUGGGGGAUGUAAAACGGUACCUUGCCAAGUUCCUGCCUCAGUACCCAUUCCAAGAUACCCUGAGUUGCCCCCGUGUGGAUAUGACAUCUAGCCGCCUUUACCAAUCCAUCAUGGUGUUCUUCCGAAAUUACCUGCCGGCUCUCGCUGUGGACCUAUUGAGCCGUUGCACAGGCCGGAGACCACGCAUGGUACGGUUCCUGGAGCAGUCCAAGAGUGCCAUGGAAGCAGUGAGGUUCUUCACCACGCAGACGUGGGACUUCUCAUCCAACAACAUGCUGCUACUCCACAGUAGGCUCUCGCCCUUCGAUAGGCAGACAUUUGACAUAGACAUUCGGAAGAUUAACUGGGAGAGCUAUUGGGAAAACUAUCUUCUCGGUGUGAGACGCUACCUGUUUAAACAAGACCCUUCGACCAUCCCGGAGUCUCGAAAACGACUGAAACGGCAACAUGCAGUGCAUGUAGCCCUGAAGGCACUUCUGCUGCUUGGUUUCCUGAGGCUGUUGCUGGGCCGCUCAAAAGUGGUGCGGCAGCUGUUGCAGCUGGUGAUGGGACUGCUGACGCAGCUGCUGUCUGUCAUCCGCUUCAGCUCUUUCUAGGCACUGCAUUUGGGGACGUGCCUGUUCUUUUUACAAUGUUUGCUUUCAGAAAGCCACUGUUUUGUUCCAUGCAGCCUUGACCUAGUAUUCUUUAAUAGUGACUGCUAGUAAGCAUUUUUCUUAACCUGUUCUUUGCCACGGAAUACCCACAAGCACUUGCUCAUGCUGACCAUGUGGGCCUUUCACUUUGGCUACUUCUCUUAGGAGUUUUUUGCUUUCAUCAAUGCUGCCUCUGAUAUUAGUUUUCUUCGAGCCCACCCAAGAAAUGCAUUAUAAAGAAGGUAGUGUCUGUGUUGAAAGGCACGACUCACUUUCCUCCCAAGGUUCCAUUUUUUUGUGUAUUUUCUUGAUGACUUUUAGUUUUUGCAAUUUUUGCACAUAUCUGCUAAUGCCUGCUUCUGUUCAAGUAGAAAGCUCGAGGCUGUCUGGAACAAAGUCCGUGUCCAUGCUCUAGAACUCCACAGUUAUCAUGUUCCUGUUUUUAAAUGCUGUUGGUCUAUUUUGUGAAAAUAACUUUGCAUCCACAAAGGCACAAGAAUAAGCAAAAACCUUUUAUUAUGCGGCAUUUAUACGAGGUAUGCAAAUGUAUGUACCUUGCUGUAUUGUGGAAUUCUUUUGGUUUAAGGAAGUUUUGAUGUUUAAGUUACAUUGCAGAUUUUACAAGCUUGCCUGCAUGUGGUAUCAUUGGUUGAAAUAUUUAGGUUAAGCUGUUGCGUGUUAGAUCAGCUGGCAGUACUGAGCUAAUGCAUCAAUUUACUCAACUUACGCACCUACUUGUGUGCAUACAUUCUGUUCUUUGUUGUUAUUGCAAAAAGCAACAGCAAGCAAGCUGCUCAGAAAAAGGUGUAUUCUGCAUACGGCUCUAUAGUACCUUGACAACAUUCAUUUACACCCUGUGCAUUGUUUAUUUAGGGGUGGCGACCUGACUGUGGUUUCAAAAGUGGUAUCAGUCGUGGGAGAAGGUAACUUCAGUGAUUAACGAAGCCCAGGUAUUUAACAGCUUCUAGCAUUUAUGACAAAUCAUAUGUUGUAUGCUUUAAGCUGCGCAACUUUUUUAUCUGCAUCACUUCUGUUUACUUGUGCUUGCAUUUACAUACUUCAAUGGUAGCAAUAGCUGGAGCCCCAAAAGUCUCGACAUCUCGCACAAAUGUGAAAAGAAGUAUGUUUAAUUUUGAUGAUGCGAGCAGCAAUAGAAACAUUAUUCAUGACUUCGACUUUCCUACAAUAAAUAAAAAUGCAGUAUUUGCAUGAUUCUAAUGUGCACCUUUUUGAAUCAAAUGUGCAUUCAAAUUUGCAUGCACGUUACAACCGUAAUCAAUUCUACUAAAAAAUGAAAGCGAUCCUUACUAAAAAGGAAAGCUCAGUGCAAGGUAGCUAGCCACACUUCCAUUGAACGGAAGUUAUCUUAUGCCUUGGUUUGCAGUCGCCAUAUUCCUAUUUGUUGUAUGUGUGGCAUUUCUAACGUAUUAGAUGGAAAUGAAGACGAUUUUCUGGGGUUGGUAGACAGCAAAAAGGAGGUGUCGUAGGACACCGAUAGUGACUUGCCACUAAGAUACAGCUGGGUGUGUGUGUGUGCCUUUGUAUGUUCCAUAAAGUUUCAACAUGGUAUGUGUUCACUCAGGUUUCGUUACUUGAUGUGCGCGGUAGAAUUGGCACCAAGUUUUUCUAAAAAUAUAUUUGGGUAGUAAUAUAACUGCACAUUGCAAUGGGGGGCACGGUAGAAUCGUGCAAAUACGGUAGUAUACUGUCAUGAAACAUCACUUGAUCAAAGCAUGCACAAAUAAAGAACUUUAACCCCUGCUGAGUUGGUCAGAUAAACUGCAGUAAGCCUCAUUGGACUAUCAGUUAGAGGGUGUCACACACACUCAGAAACUGCUUUAAGGUCGUUAUUGUCAUCAGGACAGUAAUAAAAAGCGUGACCCUAGGCAAGCCAGCUAUGUCACCAUGUUCUGCAGGUGACACCAUUGCUGGGUGAAGUAAUGGCCAGAUGUCAAGCAAUUUGUGUGUGUUUCCUACUGUCAACUGGUUUUAGUGGACAACUAAUACCAAUUAGCCAGCCUAAGAUUUUCUUCACAGGCAGAGCUGAUAGUGGUGGUUCAGACAAGUAUUGUUUGUGAUAUAGGAUAUUGACAUUGAUGUUGAACAUGGCUGAGGCUGAUUACCAGAGGUUUAGUCAUUUAAUUGUGUAAUGGCAGUAGGUAAGACAGUUUUAGCACCUUGUAACUAAUUGAUAUUUUACACCGUAUUUAUGUGUUUGAUGUAGCUAUUUGAAUCAAGUCAGUGUGUCUGCUCAUGGAGAGCACCAGUGUUGUAACCGUUGCACUCAAUUCAGCAUAAUUUUGUUUGGAUGCGGUAGCAUUUUUAUGAGGCACUUUGAAACACUGAGAGUGAGUGGGGCAUCCCACAGCAUAGGGCGGAAAUGUUUUUUAUACAAUGGAGCAUGUGGUGGGUGCCUAACAUGCUCCCAUUUCUGUUUUCAUAUUUCUAAUUUUCAAUCUAUAUGCCUAGUGACAGCUCCAGCUGAUAUAGCAUUAAAAGUUCUAUUUUCCUCUAUAUAAACUUGAAGAUGCUGGCCAUCUUUCAGCAUUGUCUUGCCUGCACAAUUUUUUUACGUGUAUACUGAAAAUCUGAAUUUACAUUUUAUUAAGACCUUUUGUUGCCAUGCAUUCAGGUUAUUCUUUAACACUCUCUCAUUUAAGGCUAAACCCUACGAGAGUGAUUUUGUGCGUGACUGUGAUGGCUUCGAGCGCCAAAACGAGCCAUUGCUUGAACAGAUUGCUUGAUCUUGUCGCUCGAUUGCUCAGUUCUGGAAAUCUAGAAUUCGUCGUUCCUCACCCAAAAGUGCUAUGGGCAACUAGCCAAUAGCGCAAAGCUGGAACUGGAUGUACAUCACUCAAUUACUACCGAUUGUCACACAGAACAAGUAAACGAUUGAAUUUUUGUACAUGCAAGGAUAAGAUGCGACAACCUUCUCCGUGGCAUCGCUUUUCGCUGUCGUGUGCAAGAUUGCUUGCAUGGGGUUUAUACAUCACCUAAAAGUGAAGAGCAAAAAGCAAAACUUUUUUUUUUUUAGAAGCAAAUUCUGGUAGCUAUGAUGAAGUGGUGCAAAAUAUUGCUAGAAGAAAAUGGCAUAGUAUGUAUUGAGUGUCUGAAUUUAGAAAUCUAACAUCAAAGGGGCAUGCCUACUGGCUAAACUGCGAUUACAAUAGGCUGUACAUAGGUGGACUAGCACAGAACUAACUGCACUUGUUAGAAAUGAACAGUGCACAGGUGGCAUAAUUUUUCUGUCAAAAUGCUACACAAAGCCAUCGAAUAUGCAAGCAAGAUGAUGAAGUCUCGUUUAAUGUGUCAGUGCAACAACAUACAUGUGAGAUCGAAUUUGUGUCUUUUUUUAAAAAUGUCUGAGCUUUAUGCGCUACAUACUGUGCCGUACCAGCAGUCUACCCAUUGGGCCCUUUGGGAGGAUGUUUAAGUUCAGUGAAAGUUGGCUUGUUCUUCUCUUGCCUACUUUUUGGAACUUGUGAGGUCAGGGAUCUUUGUUUUCUAGGGGCAUGGUGUCGGGAGUUUUUAUUUUUUCCAAGGGUUCUUAACUAACAAAGAAGGAUGCAUGUUUUGCUGCAGAUACCAGCAAAGCAUUGCACAUUUAAUGCAGGUUUGUCACCAAAGUGAAAAGUGAAAGCAGGACGUUUAAUGUACCUCAUUUUUGCCCACCUUUUGGUUGCAUUCAUAGAGAGGCCUGUUACAAGGCCUCUUGUCUCCAAAGACAUUUUGAGCCCAUAAUGGCAUUUCUUGACAUUGGGCCCCUUAAAACAUCUUGCAAUUUUUUUUUAAUAUUUUGUGUAGGUUCACUGUCAUCACUCAGUAAGCCUUUCCCUAAGUUUAGUUCUGGGUUGUUUGUUCAACUGGCUCUGCAGUAGCAGUUGCAGUUAAAGAAAAGAGAAAAAAAAACAUGUAUUCAGGAAACCAAAGACUUGUUUUAGGGAAACUGCUCUAUUUAGUAAGUGCUUCUUCAAAAUGUGUGCCUGCAUUGCAUUUCCUAGUUAAAAACUCAUUGCAUGAUUCUUUCAGCCAAUUGAUUACAUCUUUGUAAACAGAUGCAAUAUAAACUGCCAUUUGAAUAGAACAAAUACUGUCUUGCUAUUUGUCGAUGCAGAAAUUUGGUACUGAAACAGAAACCUAAAGCAUUCUUUGUAAAUGUACCAUAUUCUGUUGCUAGGGUAUACUGCAGUUUUUAUUCCUACUUGGCAACACAAAGCUGUUCCUGCAUUCAUCAGCAGCUAUGUUAUUCCUCUUGUGCUUUUUUUCUUUUUUUAAUUAUGUGCUCUAAUGAACUGCACUUUAUCCACAGUCGACUUUGCAGGUUUCUUUAUUUUUAAUUGCGCACAUCUGUAAAAUGCAUGCAUAGAGUUGCCAUUACAUCUGCAUUAGUUGACAAACUUUGCAAGCACUAAUCAAUAGAAAAUUUAAUAAGGUACAAGAUAAGCUCUGUGGCUGUAUGUGAUGAACUGUCUUCUCUAUGUGAAAAGUUUCUUGCAACGACUUUUCUCUUUUGUGUGGCCUUCUCUUCAAUGUGCUAUUGAGGUCACUGAGCUGCAACAUGUGAGGUGUGGCUGGAGCAUGCUCAGGGGCAAGCUAAUGAUCGCACAAGCGAAUGAUCACGUGCACAAUGUACAUUAAAGAAAAGUCUCGUGUGUUUUGUCAUUCUAAAGGUGGGUGUCAACCACAUAGCGUUUUCAAAAAAAAGUUUGCACCGUUUCUGGCCCUGCACUGAAAAAUGGCAUGCCACUGUUCCAUUCCUACAAGUUCUUCACUGAAGGUGAUGCAGACUUCUGAUUUGUUUUCUUUGAAAUGAAUAAGUAAUGUGCAUAAACAUUGUAUUAAUGUGGUAUGUAGCAGUAUACAGUUUGGUCAUACUUUUUAAAAAAAUUCUCCUCCGAGGCACUGGAGCUGAGAGGCAUUCCCACAAGGAACUCCUCUUUGCAGGAAUUGCCGAAAGGUGUUUCUGACAGCAACUGCUUCACUCGAAGGGCAGUGCAUUUAGAAGGUCACUCGGCAGAGUUUAGGAAGAGCUUCAAGGCACGUAGAGAGUGUGAUUGCAUCUUUGGAGUGACGGAGCCCUCUCCACUUUUGUUCACACUGUUGUCACUCCCACUUCUUGCCAGAGUGCACUUCCUCUAUGCCUCAUGCGUUGCAGUGCAAACUGGAUGCGGUAGCAGUAUAUAUACUACGUUUUGAGAGCGUAUUUGGUUGACGCAAAGUUCAGUUAUGGUGGACUCUUAGGAAUUGCAGUUUUUGUCUUGGUCCAUUUUGCAGCUGUGCUGCUGACUGCAAUGCCAUACUGUGCUUCACAGAAAAUAACUGAUGCAAUGACAUACUAGUUUAUGCUCCUGUCGCACACUUUAAAUGUCAAGUGCAUUUCUAUUUUCUUGCUUGCUCUAUCGAGAUUUCUUGUGCAUGUAGUCACUGUUGCAGUCAAGUCCACUGCAGGUUGUAUGUGCUUAUGCACAUCUUUAUGAGCCAUUGCUGAGAAUUUCGUUGUGGCCAUUUUGUUAUACAGAAACAGAAGUGGCACUUGACAUUGUUCUUUCGUGGUUCUUUUUCCUGACUCAUGUUUUUCCAUUUCAAUUUGCGUGUCAGUGUCACAAUUUACACUCGUGUUUUAAUUUUGGCCACCCAGAGCGCAGAAGCGUUUUAUUCUUUUUCUUGGUAUCAGUGUUUGUUUGUGUACAUGUGUGUGUGAACAUGUGUAUCUGUGUACCUGUUUGUGUGCACAAGCCACUUUCUGGCUAUUGCAUAUUUUUUCUGCAUACAGUCCCUUCCGUUCUUUAUGGAAUGGGCAGGUGUAGGUGAAGGCAUGUUUCUUUAAUGCCUUUAUUAUUAUAAUUAUUAUUCAUAUUGUUUUGAUAGCAAGUAGCUACUAGCUGAUAUGCAACAUUUCAUGUUUUGCUGUUGUACACUAAUGUGUGUGCAUAUAGAAAAAAGGAAUGUGUGCAGUUGCUUGAUUCUAUAAAUUGCAGGUCACAGUGGUUACAACACCUUCUAGAGCAGUGUAAUACUUCUUAUAGAAACUUUUUUUUUUAUUGCAGCAUUGCUGCCACUUUUGACAACUAAGGUUAUCACUAAGCUGUAUUUUUAGAAGCAAGUGUUUCGAGCACUUUCAAGUGUUGUUUUUUUCUGGAACUUUGUCGCAAAUUUUAUGCUUUUGUGAGGCACUAGUUUUGCCUUAGUACUUCAGAGCAGUGCCUACAAAUCAUAAGAAAAGGGAACGUUUUUGGAGAAUUUUUUUUAUCUUAAUGAUACAAAACUGUAAAGGCAAACAUGGUGAGGAUUUCCUGUGGAAGAGAUAAAUACAUAUCACGAUUUUGCUGCGGUUAUAGUACUUUCUGCUGAGUCAAUCUUUGUAAAGGACUAGCUGUGUCGGACAGUAUUCAGCUUUGUAGAACUAUUGGUACCUGCCAGUGUAUUUGGAGAAAACUAUUUGUGUGACAGUAGAACAAUUGCAGUAAUGUAAACAGAGCUUCAACAGCUGUGGAGAGCUGUACAAUGAGCCAUUCAUAGUGUAUUUCUUGCUCACCAAUAAGUAUGUCAGUUACAUUCUCUCUUAAAAAUGCACUUGCAGUAUGUUGAUGCAGUUAUACAUUCCCAGGCAUUCAAAGUUUUUUAUUCCUGUCAGUCUAAUCAAAGCUUGCUGCCAUAUUUAGUAACUUUGCAGGUUAGGUAAUUGGCAUGCAAAGUUCCUUACGCUUAACUGCACUUUUUCUUCUUCGUAGAUAAGCUAGGUAAUUUCGUUGUUACAAGCAGAGCUUAGCUGCGUGCACGGCCUGGAAAUGCCAAAAGAUAACACUUGGGGCAGUGGUGCUGACUAAGACAAGGUAAACAGAAGUUCUUCAUCCUGCCAUCUGCAUGUUAGUGCAUAAGGAAGCUAUUCUCUGUCUCACUCAGCCUGGCAUAAGAAAUUUAUUAAUCUUUAAGGCUUGGUGUCGGCACAGCCUUCUAAAAAGCAAAGUGCACCACACGAAACAGUACACAAAACAAUAGUUAGAUUUUGUUAGGAUUGAAGGCUUGCAGUGAACGUUAAAGAGGAGCGAUCGAACUUGCAACCCAAAGUCCAGAGUUUCCAUAAAACUUAUCCAAGGCACCAUUCAGGCAGUCCCUUUUGCUAAGCUUAUUGAUAUUUUUGUAUACGCAGUGGGCCAACUCUUCUGUUCAUAUAUACGGUUUUUGAGGAUUUUAAGCUGGGACACACAUUAUCACACAAGGCACAUUUGUCCUUUGGUAUAAAAUGGCAUAGUUGUAAGCUGUUACGGAUUUUUGAUGUUUGUUUUCUAUGGUGCCUAUUGUGGCAGUAAUAUGGUGGAGGCUUGUUUAAAAUUACAUGCUCACUCUCGUGUCGCUUUAUGGUUUGGUAUGCAUUCUUGCUGUUGUGUGGACAUAGUUUAUUUGUUCAGCAGAUAGUCAAACUACUAACACUUAUAGCAAGUUCAAGCUAUUAAAUGCAACUUUUUUGUUCUUAGUACUGAAAACCUUCUGAUAGUGGUUGCAGCCAAAACUGACUAGCACAUUUAUUUUUAACGUUUACAUGUGUAGUGUCUUUAGCGUCCAUGUGGUGAUUGAUUUUGUUUCAAUUGACAUAUUUUUCAAUCUCACCAAGUGACAGUAUACUGUCCAUUUCAGUAAAAAGCAAUUUGGGUGGCUGUUUGUGUACACCGAGACAUAAAUACAAGGGAAAGGAAUUAUACAAAGGUCUUUGAUGUCAAUGGUUGAUAUGUCAUGUACUGAAGACUGAAUGUCAAUAAAGAAUUUUUCAAGUUAACAGCA